AUGUGUCAAGUAUUCAAAAAAAANCCUUUGGCUCCAAUUAUCGCCGAUAUUUUCAUGUCACAUCUGGAGGAUAAGUUGAUGGAUCGCUUGAAAGAAAUUGGUGUCUGUGAGUGGUAUCGAUAUGUCGACGAUACGUUUGUACUGAUUGAACCUACAACAGAAGUAGAAGAUAUACUUAACAUUUUAAAUAAUUUUCAUUCAUCAAUCAAAUUCGCACAUCAAUCAGAACAAAACUAUUCCAUUCCUUUCCUUGAUGUAUGGAUUACUCGGUCGUCCUCAACUAAAAGUUUUCAAACCGCUGUUUAUCGAAAAGAGUCAUUCUCCGGACUUCUGACAAAAAGGAAUUCAUUUGUUCCUACAGCAUAUAAAAAGGCGAGCAUAGUCGGCAUGAUCCAUAGAACUUUAAAUAUUUGCUCAACAUACGAAUCUUUGGCCAUUGAAUUCGAAAACAUUCGCCAAAUUGGCUUCCACAAUGGUUACUCUAAAUCAUUUAUCGACACUCGAAUAGGCACCAGUUUAACUAAAUUUCUCAACCCAUCUAUAACCAAUACCAGCGUCAAUAUGGAAGAGGAAAAGACAAAGAUGUAUAUAGAAGUACCAUACACUGGCGCAACUACAAAACCGUUUACCAAACAAUUAGCACGAAUAUCUCAAAAACUUCGUCCUGAUCUUGAUGUUCGCUUUUACGCUAAACCACCACCACCAGUCCACAUUCAUUUUAACACGAAAGAUCCAGUACCAAAACACCUACAGUCAAACGUAGUGUACUCUGUUAAAUGUGCUCAUUGCGAUGAUUUCUACGUCGGUGAAACCGAACGACAAAUUAUCCGCAGACUUUGGGAACAUGGUGCACCAAAAUCCCUAUUUCAAUCAAACAUAAUUUCACUCGAUGAAACAAAUAAUAACCUAAAUGAAGAAAACACCAAAAAUCAAAUUCAAAACACACAGAUACGCAAAAUGGGACAACAUCUUCAUAAAACAAUGCGUCAAAGGGCAACACCAUAUCCUACAUCAGAGAAUCGAACCGAACCAACCGUUCGUAAAUCAAGAAGAACUACAGCAAACAAUCACUCCAUAACAACUUCCUCGUUCAGUAACUCCGGAAGCGCCAUAUCUCGUCAUGUGAUCGACACAAACCACACAAUCGAUUGGGAACAUUUCAAACUAGUAUGGCAGGACGGAUAUCACCAUAAGCUACUUACCAAAGAAUCUCUCGUUAUACAAGCAUAUCAGCCACAAUUGAACCGCACAAUACAUUCCAGUCCAAUGUACAUUUUUCCCGAAGGUCUCCCACAAAAUUUAAUUCCUGGUCCUCAAAUUAAUCAUUAA